AUGUUUGGACACGUACAGCCCGGUCCUCCGGACCCCAUGUUCACCCUCAAAAGAGAUGCAGACAACGACACAAGCCCAGAAAAGGUCGACUUGGGUGUUGGCAUCUAUCGUAACGAAGAGGGUAGUUACCAAGAGCUGGAGGUUGUCAAAAAGGUAUCGUCAAAAGUUUCUGCCCCAGCCAAAUUAGAACUAGAUGAGCUGGGCCUAGGGCAUGAUUAUGAGUUGACGAUAGGAAAUGCGGAUUUUCUCCGAUUGGCCGCAGAAGUCAUCUUUGGCGCGCACAGCGAUGCCCUUCAAACUGGCAGAAUUCAGAUCACUUCCCAGGUCAAAUACACUAACUUCAAUAUCCAGAUUUCUUCAGUUCAGACCAUCUCCGGGACAGGGGCCAACUCACUGGGAGCUCUCUUCAUUUCAAAACUUAUGGAACCGGAACCCAGAGUCUACAUCGGAGUUCCCACAUGGGGAAACCACAUCCCGAUUUUCCAAGAUACGGGUCUGAAAACCACCACUUACCCCUAUCUCGAUGCGUCAAAACAUGCUGUCAACUUUACCGCUCUCCUCGAUACUGUACGAUCGGCUGCGCGAGGCAGCAUUUUCGUAUUGCAAGGUUGCUGCCAUAAUCCUACCGGAGUCGAUCUAAGCCUAAAACAAUGGGAGGAGUUAGCUUGUGAGAUAAAAUAUUACGGGCACUUGCCGUUCUUUGAUAUAGCGUAUCAGGGCCUGGGUGACGGGCUUGACGAAGAUGCCGCAGGUGUACGCGCUUUCGUAGAUGCGGGGAUUGAGAUGAUGGUUUGCCAGUCAUUCUCAAAGAACUUUGCAUUGUAUGGGGAGCGAUGUGGCGCCCUUCAUUUUGUUGGCAACUCGCAGGAGGUAGCUGCAAAUGUUCAAGAUAGGCUUCGAAGUUUGAUCAGGCACACGUACUCAUCAGCUCCGGCCUACGGUAGCCGUCUUGUCAAGAUCGUACUCGACGAUGCCGACUUGCGAAAAGAGUGGACUUCAGAGACCGAUGGCAUGAGGAAACGUCUGAAGAGAAAUCGCCAAGCUCUGUAUGAUGAGCUUGCGAUGCGUCUCAAGACACCCGGAAAUUGGUCAUAUCUGGUGAAGGAAAAGGGGCUGUUCUCGUGCCUGGCGCUGUCACCAUCUCAGUGCAGGGAGCUAGUUGAGGCGUAUCAUGUUCAUCUCCCAGGGUCCGGAAGGAUCAAUCUUGCUGGCUUGAGCGAGGAGAAUGUGAAGCGCGCAGCACAGGCCAUUGACAAGGUCACUAGGACAAAUGUGAACGGGAAGCUCUGA